UCUCAUUAAUAUUUAAUAGUUAAAGUAUAAAUAAAAUUCGCGCCAAAAUUUAAACGCUGCAACGCCAUGCCCUUCCUUUCCCUUCCCUUCCCUUCCCUGCGCGUGCUCUCUGCAACUCUCUCUCUGUGUAGACAGCAGUUGACAGCUCUCGGAGAUCGCGAAGCGCAAUGUACUUGUACGAGCAAGAACGGCACCGCUACCAGCCACCCAUCGAAUCACAGCCAGACGAGAUCAAUGGAGACUCGGCAGCAUCGCCAUCAGCGUGCGCGCAAGGCCACCGCUCGUCCCUCAAUUUGCAAACCCUAGAAGGCGGCUGCAUCUGCCUGGUCUGCCUCUCCAACCUCAUCUCCAACCCUCGCUCUCCCGUCGUCCAUGUCUCCUACGCCCUCUCCCAGCUCUCUCGCGCCCUCUCUCAGCCCGCUUUCCUCCGCGACCUCCUCGCCUUCCACCCUCACUUCCUUGUCUCCCCCCUCGUCGACGCCCUCUCCUCCUUCGACGACGACCCCCUCGCCUCCCAAGUCAUUGACCUCGUCUCUUUGCUCUCCCAUUCCUGCGGUGGCUCUCUCUGCGGCGAGUUCGCCGCUCGGAUCGCUUCUCGGCUCUCGUCCCGUGCCUUGGCCUGGAGCCGUCGGCAGGUGUUCGCGCUUCACUGCUUAGGCAUUCUAUUGGGUUGUCAGAAAAAUAACCUCUAUUCCUACAUCAAAGACAAAGAUGCACUAACUUUAAACCUUGUGACCGGUCUUCAGUUGCCAAGUGAUGAAAUCCAAGGGGAGAUCCUCUUUGUUCUGUACAAAAUAUCCAUCCUCCAGUAUGCAUGCAAGGAUGAGGGCGCAACUGAUAUUUUCUGUCCCUUUUGUCCCAAGCUCUUGCAAUUGUCAUUGGAUAUCCUAACAAAGACUCAAAGUGAUGAUGUUCGCUUGAAUUGUGUAGCGCUUUUGACAGUGUUGGUUCAAAGGGGGUUCUUUCAGAUUGCCUGUGCUAUUGAUUUGAGUUACAAGAAUUCUUGUGAAGCUGACAACUUCAUGCAAACAGCAGAACAUGUAGUUGAUGGUCCUCCUCUGAACAUGUUAUUUGCUGAGGCUGUCAAAGCCCCAUUACUAUCUUCAGACACUGAAGUGCAAGUCAGCACAUUGGAUUUAAUCUUUCUCUAUCUGUCCCAGGGAGGUGGUUCAGGGAAUGAAAUCCGAGAAUUUGUGGAAGAAAAUAUUGCUGAUUACGUAUUUGAAAUACUGAGAUUGUCAGGGUACCGAGAUCCUGUUCUGACGUCUUGCCUUCAGGUUCUUGACCUUCUAUCAACAGCUGAUCAAAUGUUUGGACAAAGGCUCACUAUUGGAUUUUCAACUCUGGUUCCUUCUCUGGAUUAUGUAGCUGAAGUUCCUUAUCAUCCUGUCCAAACGCAGACACUAAAGCUCAUUUGGAACUAUGUUUCAAAUUGCCCUGGGCUAGUAUCCCCCUCUUGCAUUGAAGAAUUAGGUCUUAUCUUGACACAGAUGGUUAAAAAGCACACUGAUGGGGAGAUGGGCAUGCUCACGGAGACAUUCUCUAUGGCCUGCUUAAUCCUUGUAGCUAUUAUGAAAUCACCAUCUUCUCAAGGAACUCCAAAUUUCUCAACAUCAGUCCAGGAUGCAUCAAGACAUGCCAUUCUCACUUGUUUGAGUCACCAUAGAAACAAUUCCAUCCAACUUAUGCACUCCCUCUACCUUCUGAAAGAGGCAUAUGCAUAUAGUCAUGAAGGAAAUUCCACCAGCACUAAAACAGAACUGCAAAACUCUAUUGUAAAUAUAUGUAAAACAACUUUAUUGCCUUGGUUUAUGACAGCCAUACAUGAAAUAGAGGAGGAUGUUGUCCUUGGUGUACUAGAAGCUUUUCACUCUAUACUGCUUCAUGAUUCUGAUGUCCAGGCCACAGAAUUUGCAAACUUUCUGGUUUCAUCUUCCUGGUUCAGUUUUUCAUUUGGAUGUUUGGGUUUAUUUCCAACAGAGAUGAUGAAAUUGAGAGUUUAUCUGAUGUUCAGUUCAAUAGUGGAUGUGAUUCAGGGAAAUAACUUUGGGCAACCAAUUAGAGAUGCCGCUUCCCAUCUGCCAUCUGAUCCUGUUGAUCUGCUGUUCCUUCUAGGGCAAAAGAGCUACAGGAAUUUAGAACUGCUUUCCUGUCAAUCUGCGGUUUUGCUGAUAUUGUACACCAGCUCAUUACACGAUGACGGGCUUGCAGAUGAGAAACUGGUUUUAGCUUCUCUCGAGCAAUAUAUUCUAGUUAACAGCAGUGGAAUCUUAUGUGGUGCUGUUGAGCCAGUGCCUAUGGAGCUUUUGGUUAAUCUUUAUGGCUUGUAUAGAGGUCUUGCGAAGAUGAGUUACCAAAUAUCCUACAGCCUGGAGGCCGAACAUAUUCUGUUCCAUCUGAUGGCAGAAAAAGUAUGGGAUUUGGUUGCCAUGAGAAUUCACCCAAUAUCAUUGAAAUGGUUGUUUCAACAAGAGAAAAUCUGUAAGCUGUUAUCUAACCAGAUCCUGGAGUUAUGCAGGUGCAAUAGCUCAUAUGGAAAUCGCUUCAUCAUGUAUGGAGGCAGUAGCCAAAAGAUAGAUGUACAUGCUAUAGCAGAGUUAGUAGCAUUGGAAGAUAACUUUGCAGCUAGAUUAUUGGUAUGUCUACUGAAAGAGCUCUUAGAAGAACAUGAAGAGGAUGACAUUGUUUCAGUAGUCAGUGCAAUGGCAGUAAUGGUAGACAAAUUUCCUGCUGCUUCAGAUCAGUUAUGCUUGCAUGGGAUAGGCAGUGGUAUCCGGAGUCUGUGUUAUCAGUCAAGGCAUUCUUCUUCUCAAGCUUUUAUGGUCACCUGUCAGCUUACUUUCUGCAUUCUGCAUUUAGUAAAUUCUGCAUCACUGUCUGAUAAUGAAGCUUGGCUAGCUAUCACAAUAGAGUUGAUAGAAUACCUAGUCCCCAGAGUUGCUGCAGACAGUUGGACUGAAGAAAGUUCCAUAACAAUUGGCAUUCUUUGCUUAAUGUUGCACCAUUCCACCAAUAAAGCACUGGUAGAAACUUCAAAAUCUAUACUUUUAAGCAGUUCAUUGGUCUCGAUAAUGAACAACACAAUCCAUGUAGCCUGUUCAAGGGGACCUGCUUUACUCGAUUGCGAUGAAGGAACAAAAACUGGUGAAAUUCUAUUAUUGGUGCUCCUGCUAAACUUUUUCUCAUUGCAAAGCAUACAUGCUGUUCUUCCAGGGUCUGUGGACUUGAAAAUUUUACUUGACCAAGAUAAUGGGAAGCAGCCACUAUCAUUUGUUAGCAUUCAUUGCCACGACUUAUGCAGGUUGAUGCAUUUUGGUUCUACUAUGAUCAAGGUGGUUGCUUCAUGUUGCCUCUUGGAACUGUUUACCAGAAUAUCAGACCAGGAAAAUGAAAAAUCAGAUAAGAUAAAUGAUAGCCCGCAACACCUAUUGUCUGUAACGGCUGCAUUAGAGGGCCUAGUUUUCUGCAGUGAUAUAAGAGUGGCCAUGAAUUGUAGCCUCUGUUUAUCGAUUAUUCUGGGCUGGGAAAAGCUGGACAUGGAAUUACUAGCCAAUCGAAGAAAUAACUGGUGCAGGCUGAUUGUUGAAGAGUUGGCAAUGUCAUUGGCAGUUCCAUCUUUGGCAUCAGAGUCAUUUAUGAUUCAUCACAAACCUGCCGUUUAUGUGGCAGUCGCAUUGUUGAAACAGAAAAAGGUUCCCGACUGGAUGAUUUCUGUUUUCAAUGAUAUCUCUGUGCGUGGUAUAGUUGAGAACCUUUCAGCAAGCAAUGUAAGCACUGAGAUUGUGCUCUUAUUCCGAGAGUUAAUGAAUGCUGGCUACAUCAAACCUCAACACAUUGCUAAUCUCAAUCGGCUGUUCCAGGCAUGCAGGAAAUACCUGUACACAAAUGAUGUUCAUGAUACCAAAGGGCAGGAGGAUAUGGAUAAGGAGGUUGCUGCCAUCCCAGGUGAUACAGGAGAAGUACGUCAGGUUCUUGUUAGAAUCAUGUCAUCCCAUUCAUUUAUAGGUACAGAAUCUAAUGGAUUACCAAAUAGAAAUAGAUUGUUAGAAGAAAUAGAACUGUUUUCUAAAAGUUUGAUGGAAGAAGAUAGCAGCUAAGUGGAGUUCUUUGAGAUAACUUUUACAAGCAAGGCCCUGGUUCUCAUGGUUGAAUUCAAAAGAUGAGUGCCACCUUUCAAUUAAAAUUGUGUACUUAGUCAUGUAUAUAUCCAUCAGAUUCAAUUCAAACCAACUCUCUAGCUACCUGGUUGGAGAAUUGACUUCACAUGACACAAGUUCAAUUCAUUAAUAACAUGGCAUACAAUCAGAUCAUAAUUCUCAUUCUGUUUUGUACUUGCCGUGGAAAGAUUGUUCUUGUCCUUCUCUUCAUUCUCUAUUGAUCUUAUGCAACUAUUUCUAGUUGGUAAAAUAUAUUACUUGAUCCUUAAGGUAGUUUUCUGGAGAGAUUUUAAAUAUUUUACUUGAUCUUCAAGAGCUAAUAAAUAAGUCAAAACACUUUUAAGGGAGAGCCCUUAGUGUUAUAAAUGGUAUUAGAAGCAAAGAUAACCUAACAUCACUAUGGAGCAGGUGAAGGCCAAGAGAAUGUUGAGACUAACCUCAAUCAAAUUUAUUAGAUAUGAGAUAUCAAGAUUGAUGAAGGCGCCACUCAAUUUGUCAUAAUUCAGUCCUACAGUGGUAAACUAUUGGAAAAAUCUUAAAUAUAUUACUUAGUUCUACCAGCCAGAGAGUUAGCCUUUUCCAUUAUAUUAAAUGAAAUUAUUAGCCACUCUCUUUUAACCAUGUGUUAACCGGUGUUAGUAUUGAUAGGGAUUGAUUUAUCUUGUUUUGAUCUAUCAUUAUCAUUUAGAUGAUAAGAGUUAUAUUUGAUUUAGAUAUUAAAAUCAUAUUUUGCUAUUCUUUCCUAUUUUGGUUUUAAAGAGUAGAUUUAGUUUUGGAUUAAGAUUUAUUUUAUUAUCUUGUCAUUUUGAUCUGUUUCCAUUUUUAGAUUAACUGUAGAUAUGAUAAGAUUUGGAUUAGAAUCAUAUUAAAAUUGAGAUUCCUAAUCAACUAUAGAUAGGUUUAGUUUUGGCUAUAAAUAAGGCUUAAGAUGUACUCUUUUAUUUUAUUCUUGAUAUUGAAUUUCUCUUGGCCAAUCUUUCUCUUUUUUUCUUUCUUGUUCUUCCCAAGUUUCUGCUUCUUUUUCUUAAUCUCUUCUCUUUCAUUUAUACUUCCAACAUUUUUUCCUUCUGUCUCGCGUCAAGUAUAAGUUGGAAAAUAGAAGUUAACAGAAUUACCACCUUUUCAAGAAUAUCAAGAAUCUCCCCAAAUCACAAUUCUUGGCCAUUUCACAGAAUGGCUUUAUGGUAUGUACUUCGGCCUUGGAUAGCUUCACUGGUCUCUGGGCUCACUGAGUGGCGGACUUCAGGUAAAGACAUGAACUGGGGAGCAUGCACUUCAAUCAGCUGCUACCAUAUUUAUUAAUCAAGUCAUAAUCUAACUGCUGCUAUCAACUAACCGUAGUAUUAGAGCAAACCUAUACAAGACACUAUGCAAUAAGCAAAGUCUAGAGAGCAUAAAUGGUACAGUUACUGGUAAACUAGCAGACAAGCAUUUUGCAGCAUAAUAUACAGUGACCAAAGUUCACUCAACUCACUUUUCAGUAGAACUGGCGGGUUUCUUUCUUCUCAUCCCUCAAUAUUAUGUCCACAGAGAUAGUAAAAACCUACAGCUUCUAAGGUAUUGAAGAGCAGCAGACAAAUGGUACCCAAUAUGGUCUCCCCUUGACUUUCCUCUUAUCUUUCUUGCGGUCAUUAGGAUACCUUGCCGGAGAAUUCCAUUCCGCUGUCACCCCACUCUUGGCAGAUGGUUUGGCUGGUUCUUCAGAACCCUGAAGUGAACUCACUGUUUUGGCCAAGUUCUGAUGGUUUUUUGUGGGCUUUUCAUCUUUCUUCCUAGCUGGUGAUUCAACAUUUUUUGUAGUGUUCUCAUCUUUCUUUACCAUGGUUGGCGUUUCAGCUUCGCCCAGAAGGGACUGCAAAGGGGUGUGUUGCUUCCCUGUAGUCCAGUUUGUUACCUUGGCAAUGAUCUCUUCAUUUUUCUUUCUUCCUUGCGACUCAUUGACAACAUCGGUAAGAGAUGGGAACCAUGCAGUUUGUAGAGGAUCAGAUUUUGGCUGUUGAGCAUCCGGUUCCAUGACUAUGUCAGAAGGAGAUUCCUGAUCAACCCUACUUUCAGCUUCUAUCAAUGUCAUGAAAGACGGGGGAUCAAAAACAUCUGAUUUGCUAGAAUGGUGUCCGGCAGAAGAAGCUUGGGGCUUCUGCAAGUUUACCGUCACUGAUUGUUCCAGUGCCUGAGAAUCAGUUGGCGGUGAAUAUUCAGCAUUCACCGCUGUUGCAUCUGAUUGCGUGGAAACUAUUGGACCUUUCAUCAAGAACAACCAAACAAACACAAGUUAAAACGCAUCUCAAUCCAUUAACACGACCAUGUUGGACUUCUGUAUAAGUAUUAUUCCUUUCUGACAUGAAUUAAAACAAAAAUGCUGAUGCCCAAAUGGAGAGUACGACCCUUGAUCCAAAAGGAAGGAAAAUGAUGGGGAGGAGGGCUACAUAAUUAAAGCUGAGAAGAAGAACCAAAACCAACACAAAUUAAUACAGUUAGGUGCAGGGGUGCCCAAGGUGUAAUUGCAUGCUCAAAUGAUAUUACCCAAAUCUAUUUCCUGUUUGCAAUGAAAAAUCCAGUACCGUGUGAAGGCCAUUAAAAAUGUCAUUUUGUGAGAAGGAUCCUGACUGCUGAUUUUCCAAUCUAAAUAAAAAUGCAAUUGUACCUGAAACAGAACCCCAGCUGCCUCCCAAACCAUCAGUUUGGCUAUUUGAAUCGAUGGAAACAGCAACUGCAGUAACUUCAUUUGGUUUAGUGGGAUUCUCAUCGCCUUCCUCUUGCAGAUGCACCAUAUUACUGUCUCCGAUUUGGCCACCUUCAACUGCAGUAUAAUUUUUCUCAGCAGAUUCAGACUCCGUGGCAGAUUGCUCUGAUGGGUUUUCUGGAAUUCCCUGUGAUAUUUUAGCAUCACCACGAUGAUUUAAUUUGACAGCAGCAGUACGGGAGGCAUCAAAAAUCCCCACCAGCACUUCAUUCUUACUACUGAGGUUGGGUUCUUUAGUGGCUUCUUGAGAAUCCUCGGCCGAUUGCUCUGGAUGGUUUUCUGGAAUUCCCCGUGACAUUUUAGCAUCACCAUCAUGAUUUAAUUUCACAGCACUACGGGAGGGAUCAAAAAUCCCCACCAGCAGUUCGUUCUUACUACUGAAGUUGGAUUCUUUAGUGGCUCCCUGAGAAUCCUUGGCCGAAAGCUCUGAUGGGUUUUCUGGAAUUAUUUUAGCAUCACCAUCAUGAUUUAAUUUGACAGCACUACGGGAGGGAUAAAAAAUCCCCACCAGCACUUCACUCUUACUACUGAGGUUGGAUUCUUUAGUGGCUUCUUGAGAAUCCUCGGCCGAAUUCUCUGAUGGGUUUUCUGGAAUUAUUUUAGCAUCACCAUCAUGAUUUAAUCUGGCAGCGGUAUGGGAGGCAUCAAAAUUCCCAACCAACACUUCAGUCUUACUACUGAGGUUGGAUUCUUUAGUGGCUUCUUGAGAAUCCUCGGCCGAAUGCUCUGCUGGGUUUUCUGGAAUUCCCUGUGAUGUUAUAGCAUCACCAUCAUGACUUAAUUUGACAGCACUACGGGAGGCAUCAAACAUCCCCACCAGCACCUCAUUCUUACUACUGAGGUUGGGUUCUUUAGUGGCUUCUUGAGAAUCUUCGGUCUCACAAUUUUGUGAGCCAGAAUGAGUUGGCACCGCGACUUCCUUGUUGCUAGAAUUAGGGCCCACUACUUCACUUGAAUCUAAAACAACAUAAGUGGCAGUUUCAUUUUCUUGGAGGUUGCUCACAACUUUGUCCAUUCCUUCAUCUUCAGCAGCUUUGGGUUCAGAGAGUCUACAUGUGGAUAGAAGAGUCAUUUCUGAGCUCAUUUCAGGUUUUACCCCAAGAGCCACAUCUCUAUCUUCAUUCCCACUUAAAUCAGAAGUUCCAGUUAUAGCCAUAUCACGGCCACU